GCAGCACGGAAGGCCAGCUAGCAUAGAGAGAGCGAGAGAUUGGGUGAGACGAGGCCGCCCAAAAGCAACGAGAAAGGCGAUUCCGUAGAGAGAUCGAGAACAAGGCUGCGGCACAGCGCCGAACGAGAGAGACGAGACCAGACCAGACCAGACCAGACCACACUCGAUCCCACCUGUGCCAAUGGGAUUGUUGGGCGGGGGGCCGUCGAGGCCGAUGGGAGCCAGGCUUCUGGCGUGGACGUCGCUGUGGAUCGGAUCCGCGCUGCUCUCGGCGUCUGUCGUGGAUCGUCACCCCCUCGUGGCGGAGGGGGCCGCCUUUGCGUCCCCGCCGAGGGCGUCGCCCUCCCUGGCACCGACGCCGUCCCGUUCCGAUCCGCGGGGGGUGGCGCCCUCGCUGGCUCCUUCCGCGGCGCCGACGACGCCGACGCAGCGCUCCGCGAAAAAAGCAAAGAAGCAAAAGAAGGAAGCAAAGGGGCACCGCGGCGACGCGGCGACAAAGCCGGCGCGCCGCACCGGGAGCAGCGGCGGGGGCAAGCAGCGAUCCCCCGCGUUUGGCCUCGGGAAACAGCGGCGCCGGGAGGGAGCGCCGCCACGGGACGGGCGCGAUGGUGGUUCGGCGGGGCCUUCCCGGCCCCGCAAGCGGCGGCGAACGGAGGGGGCGGAAGACCGAAACCCAGAGCGGGCCGCGGCGGCCUUUGUCCGGAGCCACGGCGCCGCCGGCGGAAAGCCCGCGAAAGACCCGAAACGAACCGCGGAAAAAAGCAGCAAGGCCGGCAAAAAAAACAAGACCAAGGGCCGRAAGGCUUUCCACGCAGCCCCGAACGGCGCGGUUCGUGGCGACCGGGAGCGGGAUCUCCCGGCAUCCUCGCUCGAGCGGCCGAGGUCCUCCCCCGGAAGACCAAGCACGCCGAGAAAACCCGCUGGGUCGCUGCCCCAACGAAAGAAGCACUCGAAAUCAAAACCCCGAAGCCACAAAUGCGACCGAGACCUUCCGACCCGAAAAAUGGAAAAAUCGUCUCGCAAAAAGAAGAGACGAAAGCCCAAAACCAUUGGGUCGAAUGGCAACGUCGGGGCGGCGAGACCAGAACAGACAAAACUCAAACCACCUGAUUCAUUGCAUACCGCUGCUACCAAACCAGACCCCGAAUCGUCUGGAUCCGAACCAGCGCCACGAAAGACCAAGACGCGGAAGAAAAAGCGAAGGAAGAAGAUCGCCUCAUCGGCCAAGGCAGCGGCGAAGGCAGAAGCCAGUACAUCGCUUCCAGCACCAAGUGCCGAUGGCAGUUCGGACAAGGAACCAUCCAAGCAGCAGCAACAGAAGCACGCCGAGGAGGAUUCCAUCGAGCAAACAAUGGACCCCACAACAGCGGCAGCCAACAUUCCGAAAGCUCCGAAAUCGAAAAAAAGAAAGAAGCGGCGCAAAAAGAAGCCUUCGACCGACCGGGAAGAAGCGGGUGUGGAAAAGGACGAAUCGGCAUCAUCAUCAACACCACCACCAMCAACAACGAUCGAUGCCCCGUUGCCUCUCUCCAAUGUCGAGGCUACCGAGCGCGACGCGUCAAGCACCGAACCACAGGCGGAAGAAGCGGACAUAGAUGGGCUGGAAUUGUCGCCUGCGCCUGCCGUGGAAGAGGAUGAAGAUGAAGACCAGGUGAACACGGCAUCUCCAGAUGAGAGUGAAAGACUAGCAGAAGAAGUUCAAGGCGACGAGUCUCCUACGGAAAUGGAAGCCGAGGAAGCGAAAAAGGUCAACGAAGAUGAAUCCGUCGACAACAUUCGGGAAGACGAAAACAAGGAAGAAGACUCUGUUGCGGAGRGGAUUGAUGCCGAUGAGCAAUGCAAAGAUGAGCGCGAAUGUCAGAAAGAAGAUGUUGAUGUCGAGAAUGACGGCAAAGAUGAGUCUACGGUCGAUGACAACGAGGGCAUCUCGAAUGCCAGUGACGAUGCCACCUUCGAUGAGCAGAAGUCAUCCGAAAAAACGGAAUCACAGGAGGUCGAUGGGGAAGAACCAGUGAUCGAAAUGGUGGUCAUUGCCGAAGAAAGCGAAGGCAGCACGAAGAACGACGCUGAAGAGACCGAAAUUGAGCAAGAGGGAACGCCCGCAGAAUGCGAAAUCCUCUCCGUGGAAAAAAAUAUGGAGGAAGACAACGCAGAAACGAAAGAAAGCAUGGAAGACGGAAACGUCAACGAAAACCCCGACGAUGUCGGAGAGGAAUCAUCCGAAGCAAAGGUCGAGGAAGAUGAGGUCGCAGCCGAUGAAAAUCCGGUSGUUUCUGAUCAGAACAGUGAAGAUAACGACGAUGAAAGCGACGAUGGAAACAAGGAAGUAAAUCCCGGCAACGCAGMAGAAGAUUCAUCCCAAGCAAAGGUCGGCGAAGAUGAGACUGCAGCCGAUGAAAAUCCGAUCGUUUCUGAUCAGAACAGUGAAGAUGGUGACGAUGAARGCGACGGUGGAGAUAAUGAUGAAAAUCCCGGCAACGCCGAAGAGGAUUUAUCCCAAGCAAAGGUCCAGGAAGACGAGACCGCGGUUUCGAAGGAGAAUUAUGAAGAAGAUCACGAUGAAAAAGAAAAUAAUUCGGAUGAUCGUGAACCUGACCAGGAGGCAACAAGCAGCAAAAWCGAAGGCUCCGUUGAUCCCGAACAAGACGUGGUGAGUUUCAUCGAAGAAGUCCUCCAAGAAAAUGUGAGUUCUUGGAUAGAUGACACGAGUACUGACUCUAACGUUGAGAAUGUUGUAAAUAAGACUAGAGGAGGUCAUUCCGAUGAUUUGGACGAAGUCGAUGACGAUGAUGAUGAUGAUGAUGAUGAUGAUGAUGAUGAUGAUGAAGAAGCGCUGGUGCCCGAGCAGAACGACGAUGCUGAUUCAACAGUUUUAUCCACAAUCAAUGAGAUUUCUGAAGCUUCGGACUCAUCUUCUCAGGAACCAAACGAGAAAUUACCCACGAAUAGAGACUCGCUAGAAACAUUGGGUGACAAGGACUCCGAUACAGUCGUCUCUAUCGUAACUUGGAACCUCGCGGAAGAUUCUCCUUCUGAAGAAGAUGCUGCAUUCAUUCGAAAAUUUAGGAAGAAUGGAGUUGUCGAAGGUCAAGGAAGUGACUUUGUCCUCAUAUCCGGGCAGGAAUGUGAAAACAUAAAGCCUCGAAGGAGCGAAGGACGACGAUCAAGGGAAUAUCGACGCUUGAUGAUCAAAAUGCUCGGGAAAGAGUACGUCCCUCUGGCRUUGCACCUUCUUGGUGGAAUUCAGUUUGGCCUUUUUGCAAAGAGAUCAAUUUUGGAAGAAAUCGAAGAUGUUUGUGUAGCGGAUGUGACCUGCGGAAUUGGCAAUGUCUUUCACAACAAGGGGGCUAUUGCCGCCUUUGUCAAAGUCAAGGCCAGGAACGACAAACAAAGUAGUACAGAUGAAAGACGAUCCAAAUCGUUACGGAUGGUUUUUGUCACUGCCCAUUUGGCGGCUCACGUAAAAAAUGCUGAUGCGAGAGAUUCCGACUUUUGGCGUAUUUCUUCCGAAUUAGAGGCUCAAGCCCCCGAAGGAUUCCUCCCACGGAAGAGGGAAGGCGAGAACCCAAGUGGUUCCUUCCUCUUUGAYUCUGUUGAUCGCGUAUUCUUCUGUGGCGACUUAAAUUAUCGCCUCGAUUUGCCUCGGGAACUGACCGAGCACACACUUCUCCAUAAAACAAGCCAAGACAAUCCAAUCAUUAAGGACCUCCUCCGUCACGAUCAACUGAUUCAUUCCAUGGCAGGAGGAAAAUCAUUCCCAGCAUUUGCAGAGGGCAAGAUAACGUUCAUGCCAACCUUCAAAUACGACAAGGAGUCCAGUUCUUACGAUACUUCGCACAAACAAAGGAUACCCGCAUGGACAGAUCGUAUUUUGUUUCAGCCCUCCGAUGGCAUUCGUGUGCUCGAGUACCAAAGCGUUCCUGGAGCACAGUCCUCGGAUCAUCGUCCAGUAUUUGGUUCCUACAGAGUAGGUAUGGAAGGUCGAGUGAUACCACCGUCUCCCAAGAAGAGGAAGCGGAAACGAGUCAAAGAGCCUCCGUCUCGUUACCACGACGAAUACUAGUUCACAACUUUGUGAACGUAGCUAGGUAAAACGCAAAAUGGAAAAACCUUGAAAGCGCAUUCGAAAAACAAAAUCAUUUAGUCGCU